CAACCCGGCUGAAGGACUCCCUACAGGGUAUCUAGUACAUAGAACGCAGUAAUGUCUAGCGAAGACGAGGAGGUUGCUCGACCUCAGUACAAGAGACAGAAGCAUACCAGAGCUUGCGAGUUCUGCAGGCGGAGGAAAGUUGGUUGUAAGUUCCCACUCUUCAGCUUGCUCAAUGGUAGGACGCUCGCCAACAAAAUCCUUCUAGGCGACGCUGCUGACAAACCCGACAAUCGUUGCUCAAGAUGCAUUGCCCAUGGCAUUCAAUGUCAGUACGAUCCUGCAGCCAAGAUGAAGCGUCCGACGAAGAAUCACAGAUACGUGGAAGCACUCGAAGAUCGCCUGUCGAAAGUGGAGGAUCUCCUCAAGAAACUUCAUCCAGAAGCGAGCGCCAGCCCGGAGAGCCUGGAAGACGCGCCGCAGCGUAUGCCCUGCAGCAGUUUCCGUCGAGCGACGCAUCCGACCUUGCCGGCCAGCGUCCUCUUCCCUCGAGGCUUUCACCCAACCACUGGCACAGACUCUUCCGACGACAUCGAUCCGAGCGACGACGACGGCCAUGCCGUCACUGACGUCAACUUCAAGGGCUACCAUGGCAAAUCCAGCGGCUCUGAUCUCAGGCCUCUACAGGACAUCACAAAGCCAUUCACUCCCAACACACUUGCAUUGGCAUCAAAUAUCUUCCCCGCUUACAAGGAGAACGUCUACCCGCCGCGGGAUCUCAUGCACGAACUAAUUGACGCGUAUUUCAAUCGCCUUAACAUCUAUCUGGCUCUCCUUCAUCGACCGACCUUCGAGCGUGACGUCAAGAAUGGCCUGCAUCUCCGCGACAGGGGCUUCGGUGCUGUCUUGCUGCUGGUCUGUGCGAUCGGCAGCGGGUUGUUGCUAGACUCUUCGCAAAUUCAAUCGCACGGGCCGCCGCCAGGAUACCACUGGUUUGAGCUAGUGAGCACCACGGACUUUUCGCUCCUUGCGCGGCCUAGACUUUACGACCUCCAAGCUUGUGCGCUCAUUGCCGCAUACAUCAAUAUGGCGAGCUCUCCGCAGGGAUGCGGCGUCAUGCUGAGCUUAGGCAUUCGGAUGGCACAGGACGUGGGCGCGCACCGGAAGAAGAUGUAUAGUGCGACACCUACGCCGGAACAAGAGCUUUGGAAGCGUGCUUUCUGGGUCCUUGUCGCCAUGGACAGAAUAGCAAGCUUCGCGUUAGGACGUCCAAGCACAAUCAACGACGAAGACUUCGAUCUUGACCCGAUGACGGAGUGUGACGAUGAGUACUGGUCACAUCCUGAUCCAUCGCAAGCCUUCAAGCAGCCACCUGGGAAGCCGUCGAAAGUCGCAUUCUGCAACGCGUUCAUUCGGCUGCUGAAAAUACAAGCUUCUGCUUCGCGCACGAUUUUCACGCUGAACAAGUCCAAGCUCUUGCUUGGCUACGUCGGCCCGGAGUGGAAACAACGCAUCGUUGCGGAGCUCGACUCCUCGAUGAACAAGUGGCUGUAUACAGUGCCUCCCCAUUUACGCUGGGACCCGAACCGCGAAGACAUCCUCUUCUUCUACCAAUCGGCGAUCCUCUACACCAGCUACUAUCAGCUCCAGAUCUGCAUUCAUCGCCCAUUCAUUCCAUCGCCCCGUCGGCGUGUUGACAAUCCCCCGCUUCCUUCCAUGACGAUCUGCGUGAAUGCAGCACGGGCGUGCGUUCGCGUGCUCCAUGCCCAGCACAAACGCAUGAUGGCAGCGUCGGGCAUCACAAGCUACACCUUCACCCCGUUCGAAAUGCCGCUGUUCACAGUAGGAACCAUGUUGGGUGUCUACCUCUGGUGUGGGGCGAGGGACGCGCAGGCCACUCUGGAGGACAUGGAUAUCUGUUUCAAUAUUCUCAAGGACUUCGAGGAGCAUAGCGUUGGUGCACGAAAGCUGAGGGCCGUCCUUGAAGUUAUGGUCCCCUCUGCUUCCAGGUCACCCGGGGAAGGACCUCCUUCUGCUUCGCGCACGAUUUUCACGCUGAACAAGUCCAAGCUCUUGCUUGGCUACGUCGGCCCGGAGUGGAAACAACGCAUCGUUGCGGAGCUCGACUCCUCGAUGAACAAGUGGCUGUAUACAGUGCCUCCCCAUUUACGCUGGGACCCGAACCGCGAAGACAUCCUCUUCUUCUACCAAUCGGCGAUCCUCUACACCAGCUACUAUCAGCUCCAGAUCUGCAUUCAUCGCCCAUUCAUUCCAUCGCCCCGUCGGCGUGUUGACAAUCCCCCGCUUCCUUCCAUGACGAUCUGCGUGAAUGCAGCACGGGCGUGCGUUCGCGUGCUCCAUGCCCAGCACAAACGCAUGAUGGCAGCGUCGGGCAUCACAAGCUACACCUUCACCCCGUUCGAAAUGCCGCUGUUCACAGUAGGAACCAUGUUGGGUGUCUACCUCUGGUGUGGGGCGAGGGACGCGCAGGCCACUCUGGAGGACAUGGAUAUCUGUUUCAAUAUUCUCAAGGACUUCGAGGAGCAUAGCGUUGGUGCACGAAAGCUGAGGGCCGUCCUUGAAGUUAUGGUCCCCUCUGCUUCCAGGUCACCCGGGGAAGGACCUCGUACAGCACCAGGCUCCAACCUUGCCAAGGAAGGCGCACAGACGAUUGAUGAGAUUCUGACAGUUGCAAUGAAGAGCCUCCGUAUCUCUCCUCACACCACCUCGAGCUCUGACAGCUCCGGCACCCCCAGCACGCCCGCCAGUGCAGAUCCCGCGCUCUCAUCGGAAAUGAAUACACUCAGGUCCAAUUCCUGCUCGGACCCCACUGGCAUCAAUCCCGAACAGGCGGCGAGCCUGAACGAGCUCGCGUACAACCUGUUCUCGGGAUGUGACAUGUGGGCACUCGAGUCCAACACGAUCAAUACGCCCUUCACGCAGGACAGGCUUCCGUCGCCGUUCUUUUCUGCUGGGACGGACGGUGACGGGACAGGGCCGUCGUUUGCGCCUCUUGCGGGACAUCGACCAAGCCUUGCCCCGACACAAACGGACCCGACGUUAGCUAUUCCGGCAGGCGCACCUUCACUGACGUCUGUGGAUCUCGGAUUUCUUGACUCGCUCUCAAGCAUGUUUGACAGCAUGCAGUACGCGCCUCCGACCUCUUCGACUCACGUACCUGCACCAUCAACGUCGGAGAAUGCUGCUAGUUCCCAUCCGCUGGACGCGUGCGCACCGACCGAAGCAUCUACCUUUGCAAGUCUGGUAGCCGACCCUCCAGCUUGGCUCAGGGAUGGGGAUCAGGAUCAAGAUGCUGGGCUAUGGCAAUGGUGCACAGCGCCAGAUGGCGAGCUGUGGAGUCAAUGGGAGGCUUAUAUUCACGAUCAGGGAGGGGUACAAGACCCCGAUUUUUUGGCCUCGUAGUCCAGGCCCUAGACCGCCUUUUCAUUCUUCAUGGACACGAUUCUGAAGACUGCUACGCCUUACAUUUCUGCUGAGUGUACCACUAGGACAUCAGGCAUGACAAUCGG